AAUUAUUACCGACUUUGGUAAAUUAUUGGUCGCAGUUCUUAACAACUUCGAAAGCAAUUUAACAUGUCGAAGAUGAAACGGCGUACAAAUAAGCCUCGCGCUACAGAGAGUGCAAACAGCAGCACCAAAUCGUCGGUGCUCGAUGAACCAACACUGGUUGAGCGGAAACAACAAAAGAAACAGAUCUUGAAGUUCGUUCAGCGUACACUGGAAAAGAUGCCACAAGGGCUUCGCGCCGAGUUCGUUGGGAUGAGACGCUUCAACGAUUUUGAGAAAAUGAAAGCGUUCAAAGAAGCUCAAGAAGCUGGAAAGAACCGCUACAAAGACGUUGGAUGCCUUGACAACAAUCGUGUCAAACUGGAAGGACCAUGGCCGCAUGAAUACAUUCAUGCGAACUACGUGGCAACUCCAACGAACCCGAAAAGAUUCAUCUGCACCCAGGCCCCAUUGGAGAAGACUUGUGCCGACUUUUGGUACAUGUGCUAUCAAGACAAGGUCGAGUACAUUUUUAUGCUGUGCAACUUUCUGGAGAAAGGAGCAAAAAAGUGUUUCGAAUACUUCCCGAGCAAGAAGGGUGAUGUGAUGGACUUUGACGAAGGUGGUCAGAAGAUCUCAGUUAAAUGCGAAUCUUCGGUGACGUAUUCGUUCCGUGCUGAUGCAAAGGCAAACGUCACUGCAACAGAGAUUGUGAUCGAAGGACCUGGCGAGAAAACUCGAAAGACCACUCAUUAUCACUGGAAUGACUGGCCAGAUCGCGGUGUUCCAGCUGCGGAUAUGGCUGUUCUUGAGCUUCUGGAGAAUGCUAGACCAUCAAAAGGUCCUAUCGUUGUCCAUUGUUCUGCAGGUAUUGGACGCACUGGCUCUGUUGUGAUGUUGGAGUACAUCAUGGAUCAACUGCUCGCAGGCCAGAUCAUUGAUGAUGGGGAAAAGAUCUUGGUCAAAAUUUGCGAGCAACGUAACAAUUCAAUCCAGACGGAUGCCCAGUAUCUGUUCGUGCAUCAAGUCAUUCUCAACUACUUCCGCAAAAAGAAAUUGAUGGACGAAAGCGGAGUUCAAGAGGCGUAUGAUGCUUUCCUCGAGCAAUACAAGAAAGUUGUCGUCUGAUUUGUAAAACACUGAUCUUUUGUAUUUUAAAGAUGGAUAAAUAGUUCCCGAAUCA